AUGGUUAGUUCCAAUUUGCAGGAAUUGAUUCCAGCUCUUUCCAGAAGUAUACGUCAACUGCCGCUUCAUAUAGAAACUCAGAAAGUGUUGGAAUUUUACUGUAGAAAUAGUUCAUACAAGUCCUUAUUAGUGGCUCAAGAUAUUAGUGAAUUUGAAAAGCAUAAUGAUCACAAGUACUUAGAAGCACUCAUCCAGAAAACGCAUUUCUUAUGGGAUAAUCCACUGCCGCCGUUCCUCAAAAGAUUUCAACUAUAUCAUAAAGAGUUGACAAACCACUGGCCUUACGAGUACCAACGAUCGCUAUUAAGCAUGUCAAAUCCCAGGAAAGAAUCACAGGGUUAUCUUUGGAGAGACGGUAAAGAGUUGGCAUUGUCCAAUCUGCGGUUCGAGAAACAUCGUUGGGCUGAUGAAAAUAUAAUUGAGAGACUUUCACCAGAACAAGGUACUCAGUUGUUACAUUCAAUUUUCCACCAAUACUUCUUUCUCAAGAGCCAUGCAAGACUGUGCUAUAACAACAGGAAAAUUCCUGUACCAAUUGUCGAAAUCCCCUUGAGACCUAUGGGUAACGACGUUGCAGAUUGUCGAAUACGCAACCUUUUCAAAAGAAAGACUGCAGUAGUAUGGAAUCUAUUGGCAUGGGAAAAUAGACCGCUGUCAACCCGCAAUGAACAGUUACUAGGUGAAAUCAUUACCAAGAGUGAAACUCGAUCCAUGAGAAGACUCUAUCAGAGAGCGUCUAGACGAGCGUAUGUGGUAACGAACGAGGGAAAAGAUCCUAACGGUUUACAAGUACCUGAAUUCCGUCCAGGUGAAAUACUACAGAUGUCUAUAUGA